AUGGAUUCCAGAAAUGCGAUGCCAUAUUUGGCUGCUAUCAUCUUACGUUUUGUGUUUGCAGGUUUGUUCAUAAUUGCAAAGCGUGCUCUGAACCUGGGAAUGGAUCAUUUCACCUUCACUGUCUACAGGAAUGCGAUUGCUGCUGUCGUCUUUGGCCCUCCUUCCUUAAUAUUCGAAAGGUUUGUUCAUCAUUGCAAAGCGUGCUCUGAACCUGGGAAUGGAUCAUUUCACCUUCACUGUCUACAGGAAUGCGAUUGCUGCUGUCGUCUUUGGCCCUCCGGCAGUAAUAUUCGAAAGGAAUUCAAGGCCAAGGAUGACACUCCCCACCCUCUGCAAGAUCUUUCUACUUGGCUUAUUUGGUGUUCUGGAUCAAAACUUGUACUAUGCUGGAAUGAAACAUACAACGGCAAGUUUUGCAACAACGCUCUUCAACUUUCUUCCAAUUAUAAGCUUUAUGCUGGCUUUGCUGUUGAGCAACAUUUUAUAUGGGUUUUUGUUGUUACGGUUCCAAGGUCAAACAGAAGGCUCGAGAAGGUGAAAUUUAGAAGCUUACACGGCCAGGCAAAGGUUAUUGGAACUUUUGUCAGCAUUGGUGGAGUCGUGGCGAUGACAUUUAUCAAAGGACCUGUUAUCGAAUUGCCAUGGACCAAACACAAACCCACAAGUGCUGCAAAUUAUCACCAAAAUUCCAUUAAAGGCCCUCUCAUGAUCUUAGGAGCUUGUUUUUUUUCGGCUAGUUUUAACAUUCUUCAGGCAAAAACAUUGGAGUCAUACACAGCUUCACUCUCCCUCACGGCUAUGAUAAGUACUGCGAUUGGCUUCGAAGGCUUUAUAGCGUCUGUUGUGUUCGAGAAGGGCAUUAAUUUUACAAGUUGGUCGAUACAUUGGGAUAUUAAACUAUUAGCUUAUGUCUACGGAGGAAUUCUGUGUUCAGGACUUGCUUAUUAUAUUUCAGGAUAUAUAUUACGAGAAAAAGGACCAGUGUUUUUAACAUCAUUUAAUCCUCUAACCAUGUUGAUUGUUGCUGUUAUGAGCAGUUUCAUUUUAUCAGAGCUCUUGGCAUUGGGAAAGGUUGUAGGAGGGAUUGUUAUAGUGGUUGGGGUGUACCUGGUGCUAUGGGGUAAGACCAAGGAUGAUCAUUCUAUGGUGUCCAAAGUUUCUGCACUAAAUUCAUCUUCUAUGAAGGCCUCAUCAAGUGAUGGCUCCCAAGCAACAACUGCAGAUAAUGUUUAA